AUGGCCCGUCGCCGCCAAACAUCUCACCAGUCAUGGGCCUUGCACUUCCGUAUCACGUCGCAUGCGAAUAGCGGUAUCACGCGCAUGGCGAUAUCUGGUCCCUAUUGCUACCGUCUUGUCGACACAUCUCCGUACACUGUGUGCGUUGCUUCCGGCCAAAGACGGACGCGGUACGGCCUUGUAUCUCCAUGGAUGCGGGUACGGGAGCACGAGCCCGAUCGUCGUCCGGAAAACGUUGAGCAUCGCCAGUCGCUGGAGACACUCUGCGCUUGCAGUCGUCCCGAAACGAAUCGCCAUGCGGUUGCAGGGCUUUGCUAUGGCAUAAUGAAGCACUUGAGCCGUCAGGAGCGUUUGGGUCAGGGCCCUUGCAAAAAACGCUGA